AGCUUCAACGCAAAGAUAUGUAGAAUCCCCUUCCAGAGCUUGCAGAAUCAAGAAAGUCAAUAGUUUUUCAAGUAGCUAGGAGGCUUCAACGAGAUGGCAGAAAGGGAGGAACAUAUCAAUCUAAUUCAGUUUUCUGAACAAGAGGCUAGAAUCAAGAAAGUUAAUAGGCAUCCCAUUACGUUAAAGUUUGAUAACCUAGACUUACAAACAGGAUGCAAGAACAGUAUAAUGGGAGGGCCUUUUCUUCGAGGUGUUUCAGGUGGAGAACGAAAGAGAGUUAGCAUUGGUCAGGAAAUCCUGACAAAUCCAAGUUUAUUGUUGCUUGACGAACCCACGUCUGGCCUUGAUUCGACAUCAGCUCAGAAGUUAUAUCUAUGUUAGGGGUGUUAGCAAGUGAAGGUCAUCGGACAGUGUUAUUGUCAAUUCAUCAACCUUCUAGCAAACUGUUUUACAUGUUCCAUAAGAUUUUGUUGUUGUCAGAUGGCAAUCCUUUAUACUUCGGCAAGGGAAACGAAACCAUGGAGUAUUUCUAUUAGGAGAGUUAUAUUUAUGGGCUCGAGACUCUUGGAUUGAGACCCAUCUUCACAGUCUCAGUUUGAGACCCAAGACCCAUCUUCACAGUCUCAGUUCACAGUUAUCACCACUGU